CGGAUGGUUAUAUGAGCUUGUACCAUCUGCUUUAUUUUUUUAUAUUCUUCUUUGUCUAAUCCCCUUUUAUCCAGACGAAGUUCUACCCAUCGUUCACUUCUGGUGAACCCCUGCUUUUGCUGGCAUGCCAGAAAUCAUGGAAUGGAAGCAGAGUCAAAUGGUUAAUCAAAGCAUCGGCUACUUCCACUUGUGGCUUUAUUCGAGCUCCUUUACAUCAACAUAUCAAGGAACCCCCUCAUCCACCACAACUAGGUGGAGACUAGAAGGGUAGGAAACCCCAACGAGAAACCUUUCGCGAAGCACUCUCUCAGAUGAUUCCACUUCGAUGGUUAGCGGAAUUCAUCAAUGCAUACAUCAUCUUACAACACUAGACGAGUGACCCCUAACGAGUGAGACUGUCCGAUUUGACUAACACCUGAAAAAAGGACCAUCGUACGAGGAAGACGAUUGACAUCGAGCAUGAAUCUCAAGGCUUGUAUCAUCUUCCUCCUGUUGAUCCAAUCGCUUGUGUCUCCAUUGAACCUGCAUUAACGUUACAUAACCGUUUGGGUCAUCCUAGCCUCUCAAAGUUUCGACGUAUGGUUCCAGGUUUCUCAAGUCUUUCGUCUUUAGAUUGUGAGUCAUGUCACCUUGGAAAGCAACCUCGUAAAUCCUUUCCAAGGCGUGUUAAUAAACAGGUUGCGUCCCCUUUUGAUUUAGUUCAUACAGAUGUAUGGGGUCCGUAUUGAGUCACUUCUACUUUAGAAUUUCAUUACUUUUUUAUUUUUGUAGAUGACUUUUCCCGUUAGACAUGAUUGUUUUUAAUGAGAGAACGUUUUGAAUUAUUCCAUAUUUUUCAAACUUUUUGUGCCGAAAUCCACACUCAGUUUGGCCAUUCUAUCAAAAUUUUACACAGUGAUAAUGCUAAAGAUUUUUUGCGGCACCCUUUAAUCACUUCAUGAUAUCACGGGGUAUGCUUCACCAGUCUUCUUGUGUACACACGCCUCACCAAAAUGGGGUAGUUGAACGCGAGAACAUACACUUAGUUGAUACUGCCCGUACUAUGUUAUUACAUUCACAUACACCACCUCAGUAUUGGGCAGGUGUUGUACUCACUGCGUGUUAUUCAUAAUGAAAUUCCUUAUUCUGUCUUGUUUCCUACUCGUGAGUUAUUUCCAUUACCACCUCAUGUGUUUGGGUGUGUGUGUUUUGUCCAUGAUUUUACACCUGGAUUAUCUAAAAUGUCAGCUAGUUCAAUAAAAUGCAUUUUUCUUGGAUAUUCACGAGUCCAAAAGGAUGAUCGUUGCUAUUCUCCAUUACUUAAGAAGCAUUUUAUUUCGGUUGAUGUCACUUUUAUUGAGUCCUCCUUUUAUUAUCAAUUAUCUGCGAUUGAUACUUCAUCAUGUUUGGACUUCAUCUCAUAUCUCCGGGCCAUCCAUCCAAAAAUUGUUAUUUCCCCUCCAUCUGAUGUGGCUCCUGUGGUAGACCCAUCCCUAUCAAGGUACGCGUUCUAUUUUGAAUCCACAUCCCAUAUAUAACCUUUUGAGUUACCACCCCCUCUCUACCCCUUACUUUGCUUUCAUUUCACACUUGUCUCGUAUACCCAUCCCUAAAACAACACAUGAGGCAUUGACACAUCCGAAAUGGCGUCAAGCCAUGUUGACUGAGAUGGAGGCUCUUCAUUCUAGUGGGACAUGGGAAGUAGUUUCCCAUCCCCCUAGCAAAUCAGUGGUUGGGUUUCGGUGGAUCUACACCGUUAAAGUUGGUCCUCAUGGGCAAGUUGAUCGUUUUAAAGCACACCUUGUGGCAAAAGGGUAUACUCAAAUUUAUGGUUUGGAUUACACUGACACUUUUUCUUCUGUAGUGAAGAUUGCAUCGAUUCGUUUGAUUUUAUUCAUGGCAGCAAUGAGCCACUGGCCAUUAUUCCAAUUGGAUAUUAAAAAUGCAUUUCUUCAUGGUAAUCUGGACGAGGAGGUUUAUAUGGAGCAACCACCUGAUUUUAUUGCUCGGGGGGGGGGGGGGGGGGUCUAGUUUGGUAUGCAGAUUACGUCAUGCUUUAUAUGGCUUGAAGCAAUCAGCACGUGCAUGGUUUGGGAGGUUUAGUGCUCUUAUCUGUGAUUUUGGCAUGAUUCGCAUUGAUGUCGACCAUUCUAUAUUUUAUAGACAUUCUGCAGGCAACAUAUGUAUUUAUCUUGUUGUAUAUGUUGAUGACAUUGUCAUUACAUGUAGCGAUGAACAAGGAAUUGCACUCCUAAAGCAUUAUCUCUUUAUCAAAUUCCAAACAAAAGACUUGGGAAAGUUGAAAUACUUUCUUGGCAUUGAGGUCGCACAGUCUCAAAAUGGAAUUGCCAUUUCACAAAGAAAAUAUGCAUUGAAUAUUCUUGAGGAAACAGGUAUGCUAGAGUGCAGGCCAUUGGAUACACCUAUGGAUCCAAAUUUCAAACUCUUGUCAGAACAGAGAGACCUUUUGCCCAAAUAGGGAAAAAUAUAGAAGACUCAUUGGCAAAUUGAAUUAUCUUACCAUCACGAGGCCAAAUAUUUCAUUUGCGGUAAGUGUCCUUAGUCAGUUUCUUGAUAAGUCAUGUAAUGGACAUUGGGAUGCAGCUAUUCGAGUUUUGAGAUACAUCAAGAAAACACCUGGGCAAGGAUUGUUGUUCGAAGACCGAGACCACCAUGAUAUUGUGGGAUACUGUGAUGCAAACUGGGCCAGAUGUCCGAUGGAUAGACGUUCCACUUCGAGAUAUUGCAUCUUGAUUAGUGGAAACUUAAUCUCAUGGAAAAGUAAGAAACAUGAUGUGGUUGCCAGAUCUAGUGCUGAAGCAGAAUAUCGUGCAAUGGCCCUUGCGACAUGUGAAAUCUUAUGGUUGAAGCAUGUUCUCCGAUGGUUAAAAUAUGGAAACACAAAACCAGUCCAACUCAUGCGUGACAAGUGACAACCAAGCUGCAAUGCUCAUUGCAUCAAAUCCGGUAUAUCAUGAGAGGACUAAACAUAUUGAAGUUGAUUGCCAUUUUAUCUGAGAGAAGAUCGCGAGCGGACAUGUCAUCACAAAUUAUGUCAACACAACCAAACAACUUGCAGAUAUUCUAACGAAGUCUCUUAGGGUCCUAGAGUGGGA